AUGCCAUCGUCAUCACAAGGAUUAUUAGUGGGCUCUGCUGUUCUUUUGGGGCUCAGUGGUGUUGGAAAUGCAAUGCUCUACUUGCGAAAUAAAGAGCUUUCCACACAGUUGGAAAAGACUGAAAAGAAAUUGCUGGAGAGUCAAUCAGCAGCAGCAUCACUACUGACAAGAAAAACGAAUCAUGAUGUUGAUCAACAACAACAACAACAACAACACAUUUCACAACUCGAAAAGAAAAUUCAACAAUUAGAGCAAGAGGUCCAAUUCAAAGCACAAGAAUUGUUCACAUUGGAAGAACAGAAGAAAUUCGAGUUGGAACAAAUUGAAAAGACCUAUCAACAACAAAUCCAUCAAUCACAACAUGAAUAUUCUCAACUCAACUCUCAAUACGAAUCACACAAAACCUCUUCGAGUGAAUUAAAAGAGACUCUCUCUCAACAAAUUUCAAAUCUCAAAAAGUUACUUGAAAAACAACAACAAGAUCAUUCAAAUUACAUGAAACAAAGUGCUCUCGAAUUGGAAAAUGUGUUAAAAUCUAAAGUGAAGGAACAAGAAGCACUUAACAUUGAAUUGAACAAAUUAAAGAGACAUGAAAGUGAACUUGAGGCAAAUCUUGAAGAAUUAACUCAACAAUGUGCCAAUUUACAAACAAAUUUAACCAAUGUCACCAAUCAAUUCUCUGAAAGUAUGAAAAGAUCUCAAACCAUCCAUUCCGAGUUGUUACAAAAAAAGAAGAUUGAAUUAGAUCAUUUGAAUCAUGAAAUUUUAGAAAAGAAGUCUGAAAUUUCACAAUUGGUUCAUGAAAAGACAGAACUUUUCUCAAAAAUUUCAGAAAAGGAACAAGUCAUUUCUUCCUUACAACAAACUUUGGAAUUGAACAAGGAACAACUCGAACAAAUGAAUAUCUCUUUGCAAGCAAUGAAACAUUCUCUUCAAGAUAGGGAUCGAAUCCUUACUGAAAAGGAAUGUGAAUUGAAACAUUGUCAUGAAAAGAUUUCACUCCUUCAAAAAGAUUCCAAUGUGUUGGAACAUCAAUAUAUGGAAACCAUUGAAACAUUACAACAACAAGUGAUGGACUUGCAAAAGAAACUCAAUGACACCGAUCGAGAGCUUUCCAUUUCAAAAUCCACUCUCACACAACACAUUUCCAAAUUAGAAGAAAGCACUCAUCACAUGAAAGAACUCUCUUCUAAAAUUAAGAAUUUAGAAAUAGAAAAUAAUGAACUCGUUUCAGAUCAACACUCACUUGCAGAAACAUUGGAAGAAAAAAAGAAAGAAAUUGAAAAGAUUCGAAAAGAAUUACAAACUGCAAAUGAAACUUUAUCUGAAACUCGUUUCAAGAGUGAGAAUGAAAUUCUUUCACUGAAACAAAGUCAUGACACAAUUUCCAAUUUACUUUCCAACAAGAUUCAAGAAUUGGAAACUUUAACUCUCACCAUUGAAAGAAAAGAAAAGGAAAUUAGUAAUUUGAAUGAAACAAUGAACACACUUUAUCGACAAUUAUCGGAUAAGGAUGAACUCAUCUUGAAAUUAAAUUCAGAGGUGAAGGAAAUUUCAAAUCGUCAUGAAAGUACUCUCGAACGUGUGAAAUUCGCACAAGAUGAAAAAGAAGGAUUGGAAAAGGAAAUUGCUCACAUGAAAUCUCAACUCACAAAUGCCACUCAUGAACAUUCACAAGCUCAAACACAGAUUGAGAAUUUAAAGAAAUUAAUUUCUGAGAAGGAAAUGGAAAUUCAAUCUCUCACAACAGCACUUGAAACAAACCAAUCAGAAUUGAAAAAGAUCAAGAUUGAAUCUGAGCAAUCAAAACUCAAUGAUUCACAACAAAUUGAACAACUCUCAAAGAAGGAAUUAGAAAUGAAUGAAAAGAUGAAUCAUUUGACAAUGGAUUUAGAUCAUUACAAAAAAGAAUUGAAUCAAACUCAUCAGACCGUUUCAGAAAAAGAAAUUCAAAUUCAAAAUCUCCAUGAAAAACUCUCACAUUUAGAGAAUGAUUUGACAAACACUCGAAAGGAUUAUUCUGAAUUGCAACAAGUGAUGGAGACUCUUAAAAUCGAACACUCUCAACAACUCUCUGAAGAAAAAUCCAAAUUGACAUUUGAAAUUGAAAAGAAAAAGACUGAAAUUUCAAAUCUUUUAAAAGAACUUGAACACACUCAAUUCACUCUUUCAAAGAUCACUCAAGAACUUGACACUGUAAAAACUCUUAAUGAGAAAAUGACUCACUCCUUGUCACAAUUACAACAUUCUUCCAGUCAUGAGAUUGAAGAACUCAAACAAUUGAUUCACGAAAAAGAAGAACUUGUCCAACAAUUGAAUCGUGAAAAAGAAGAUGAAUUAUCCUCUCACACCAAACAAGUCACAGCUUUACAACAAGAAAAUCAUCUCAUUGAAGAUCAGUUCAUUACCUUACAGAAAUCUCUUGAAGAAAAGGAACUUGUCAUUCAUUCACAACACACAGAACACUCUCAUUUGAAUGAGAAAAUCAAAACAUUGGAAAGUAUGAUUGAAUCAAAAUCAAUGGAAUUGAAAACCAUUCAAGACUCUCUCGUAAAAUCUCAAACAGAAUUAUCACAAAAGGUGAAGGAGUGGAAUACUCUCAUGGAACAACAUUCUCAAAUGGAAAAAGAAUUAGAACAAGCAAAAUUACAAUCGACAGGAUCAAUUCAACAAUUUGAAGAAAUGAAACUUGAAUUGAAACAAAAACAAGACAAUAUUCAAAAAUUAAUGGAGAAGAAUUCACUCAUUGAGGAAUCUCUCAAGAUCAAAUCACAAGAUUAUGAUCAAUUGUUACAAGAAAUAUCAACAUUCCAAUCACAAGUGGAAAAGAAGGAAGAAUUAUUGAAACAGUUAAAUUCUGAAUUGAAGACCUUGAGAGAAGAAUUAGAGUUAAAAUCAAAGCAAGUUCAAGAAUCACAAGACCAAUUAUUACAAUCGUCCACUUUAACACAAGAGGCACUCGAAAAACAAAAAUCUCUUGAAAAUUUGAGAAAAGAAAUUGUAACUGAACUUUGUGCAUUGAAAGAACAGGAACAACAUUCUCAUACUCGUCUUUUCGAACUUGAACAAUUCAAUCAAGAAAAAGAUAAAAAGAUUCAAGAGCUUGAGGAAUGUAUUCGUUCAAACUUGACAACAUUCGAAGAACGCACUUCUCAGCUCUUACAGGAAUAUGAAUCAAAAUUAUUGGAAAAAGAUUCAAAACUAAAAUCAUUGGAAGAACAAGAAGAAUCUUUAUCUACCACGAUCAAAGAGCAACAACAGACCAUUGAGUCUAUUCAACAAGAUGUUAAAAAGAAAGAUUCAAUGAUCAAACAAUUAGAAGAUAAUAUGAAAGAAAAGAAUCAAGAGUUGGAACGAAUGAAACAACUCAUUUCACAACUUGAGAGCCAAUUAACAAACGUUGGUUCAACUGCCAAUCAUUUGUCUCAAUCUACCACUAAUACCAUGAUUGAUGAGAAUUCAACCAAGGAAAUAACAAGCCAACCAACACAAGAGAAUGAUGACUCUAAAAAAGAACCAGAUACACUUGACAAAUUGAUCAACAAAAUUCGAAAUGAUGAAGUUCAAUCGAUUGAUUUCUUUGUUGAAUUAAUAGAUACAGGUUAUUGCGAGUAUUUUUCAGAAAUUUCUAAAGAAAAAUUACAUUCCUUAUUCCUUGCAUUGGAAGAGAGUAAAUCUCUUGUGGAUAUUUCAUUUGAUGGAUGUGGUCUUGCUACUCAAGAUUUAAAGCAUUUGCUUUACAAUUUAGCAAAGAACAAAAGUAUUGUCACAUUGAAUUUAUCAGUUGACAUUCCUGAAGGAUUUACUGUUCCAUUUGAUCUUGUUCAAGCAUUGUGUGAUUUUAUCUCACAGAACAAUGUAUGUUCCACCUUGAAGAUCAUUGAUUGGGUAUUCAGCCAAGAAGAAUCUCAUAAGAUUGUGGAGGCCUUAAAAACUGCUUCACAAUCAAAACUCAGCUCUGUUGAAUGGGAUAAGAAGACAAAAAUCGCAAAGAAAGACAAGGAAGCUUUUAAUAGGAUUCUCAAUCAACGAAAAUGA